UUUCCUACACUACAUGGUAUGACACAAUGUGAUUGGUUGCACUGGAGAUAUACGAUGGAACGACAUCUAAUGACAAAAUACGAAGAAACUUUUUCGACUACCCAAUAUACAUAAGCAAAUAUAUGUAUGCUUAAGGACGAUUGAGUUAUUCCAAUUGAACAUUUUUAUCAGCACACACACUUUUUCUGAUUGUUAUAUAAUUUAAUAUAUUCAAGAAAAAAAUGAUUUGAUACUUAUCACAACAUAUGUAUGUAGUAAUUUUUAUGAUUUACUCAAAUAUUACAUAACUACACAACUUUGCAUUGCCAAAAUGUACAUAAUGUAAUGUACAUAUGUAUAUUCACACCUCGACCAGACUUAAUUGCAGUUGUGCUAAAGAAGGCAUGUACUAUGUAUUGUUUAGGCUACCAAUUAGUUACUGCAAUUUUCCUAAUGCCACUGCGUUGGUACUUGUACCAGCUAGUUUUCAUUUGCUUUGUAAGUGUAUGUAUGGCAUACGAAUAACAACAAAAUAAUAACAAAACAGUAGGUUAACCGGUUCCAUUAAAGAAGAUACUGAAAGGCGGUGUCAUUUAUUUCUAUUGCACUUACAAGCCAAUUACCUUAAUAUACAACUACUUAAAUAUACAUAUAUGUAUAUAUACACAUACAUAUGUAAAUGCACCUUUAAUUACAUGUUUACGUGAAAAUUGUGUUAAACAUGUGAAAAACAGUGGGCUACACACUAGCAUCGUGAUUUAGGUGCAAUUUUUUGCCAAAACCGCGCCGUUUUUUGCGUGAACAAUACAUACGCUUAAAUAGAAGCCGGUACUCGAGCGCUUCCUCUAUUCGAUGUUCGGAGAUGUGGCGGGCGCCCAACGCUUGCUUGAGCUCAAUUAUGCGCUGCGCAACAAGUAUGCGCACAUAUUUCUGCAACGCGAUCCCACGGAUCAAGAGUCGCAGCAGCUGUUGCAAGUCGCCGACUUGUUGCCGCUGCCUGGACUGACACCGGACAAAAACAAGCUGCUUUUGUAUCGUCUUAUCGAUUUCGAUGCAGAUAAGUUUAACUUUACGGCCAGCAUUAAGGUGUUCUUUAUGAUGGCCGACCUGCGAUUCGUCCUCCCCGACGAGGCGGGCAUGUGUGAUGGCGAGGUACCCAUUUUCGACAUGGCCGGCUACAGUUUGCGACAUGUUGCGCGCACAGUGCUCAGCUCGCUGCGUGUUUAUAUGAAAUUCGUACAGGAGGCACACCCAGUGCGCUUGAAGGCCAUACACGUACUAAAUUGUCCAUCUUAUCUGGAUAAAGUGUUGACGGUGGUGAAGCCGUUCAUUAAGAGUGAGGUGUUUAAGCUGAUUCACUUUCAUCUACCUAAUGCUGAUACGCCCUACAAACAUUUUCCACGUGAUAUGCUGCCGGAAGAGUAUGGCGGUAAGGCCGGCACUUUGGCCGUUUUGAAAGCGAAAUGGACGGGACUACUCAUAGAGAAGAGGAAUUAUUUAAUGAACCCCGAUGCAUGGAAAAUCGACAAAAGCAAGAAACCGAAAGCUGUAGUUCCCGAAGCGAACCGGCAGUCGGAUAGCAUAUGCCACAACUUGAAAACACUGGAGAUUGAUUAGAUAACUAAGUUUGCUUUAUAAAUUUGUAUACAUACCAUAUACCUGUAUGUGAAAAGAUUAAUUUUUAUAAACGCUUGGGUUGUAUGAACAAAACUGUA